CAUUCUGCCAUAGGGUCAGUCAGUUGGCCAUUUGGAUUACACAGGAUUGAAAGAUUGCAGUUUAGCGCAGCGGUUAACCCAGCCAGAAAUCGUGGAGGUUCCCAACCCCCUGAAGAUGUACGGCCUGUACCUGGAAGCAGUGAAUGACUACAUCAACGAGUCAUAUGGGGAGGAUGUAUGGAGACUGAUUGAGGCACGGGCCGAGAUCCCACAUCUUAAGUUUGUUCGGCACCAGAUGUACAAUGACAAUCUGAUCCUGCGCUUGGCCAAGGCAGCUGGAGAGGUCCUGGGUAAGACCCAUGAUGAGCUGAUGUAUGCCUUUGGUGUCUACAUGGUGAAGAGGAUUGGCAAUUAUGGCUAUGAAAGAAUUUUAAAGGUGCUUGGGCGAAAUGUGCGAGACUUCAUCAAUGAGCUGGACAACCUGCACGAGUACUUUCGCUUCUCCUUCCCCAAAGUACAGCCACCCAGUUUUUGCGUGGAGGAGGAGUGUGAGACUAGCCUGACUCUGCACUACCGCAGCACCAGGAAGGGCUUCACCCAGUUUGUGAAAGGACAGUUGUCUCAAGUUGGACGACAGUUUUACAACACAGACAUUGAAGUGGAGAUUCUGUCUAAGGAGGAAACUGAGAAGAUGACAUAUGUGGUCUACAAGAUGAAUUUUGACAACGCCGCUUUUAAGCACCGCAUGCCCCAGCAGAAGACCGCUCCAGGGUACGAGAAGCUGCCCAUGAAACGAGGCAUCUUUUUUGACAUGUUCCCCUUCAGCGUCAUAUUCCGCCGGGACAUGACCAUGUAUCGCAUUGGGGACGGUCUCAAGGAGGUCUUCUCAGACUUGCAAGGGAAGAAGGUCAAUGAAGAGUUCACCCUAGUGCGCCCCAUGCUGGAGUUCAGCUGGGAUAACAUCUACACCCACCUGAACAAUGUAUUUGAGUUGCUGUCAAAGGCUGUUGUGGAGAGCAAGCAAAAGGUGAACAUCCCUAAACUGAGCAAAGAGGAGCCAGAGGAAAAGGAAGAGAGUGAGAAACCCAAGGAGGAGAGAGAGAUCAAGGCGAUAGAGGAGAUGAAGGGGACAGACCAGGAGUACAGCAGUGCUCUGACACAGUACAACAGCUCUGCCAACUCUGGAGGAGAAGACAUCGAACUGCUGGCCUUUCAGACCGUCACAGGAAAGUGCAGUGAGACAAUAUUUGAGGACAUGCGAGAGCCACCUAAGAAGCCUCUUCACCUGAAAGGCCAAAUGAAGUACGUCCCACAGUGGGACUCCCUCAUCUUCCUCGGGACACCAAUCAUUGAAACAGUAGAGGAUAUGAUCAAAAUGGGCGUGUAUGUCAAUGACCUGAAUCUCCACGAUUCCAGCAGAGAGCUAAUUUUAGCAGGAACUCAGCAAUCAGCAGAACUGCAACUAGCUCUUGACCAGGAGCAACAGAAAUACGCCCAGCUGCAGGAGAUUAUCAAGAAGCUGGAUGAGGAGAAGAAGAGGGGAGACUCGCUGUUGUAUGCCAUGAUCCCCAAGGCUGUGGCUGACCGCCUGAGGAAGGGCAUCACAGCCCUGGAGACUUGCCAGGUUUUCCCGGAUGUGACCAUCCUUUUCAGUGAUGUGGUGAAGUUCAACGAGAUCUGUAUCCACAUUACACCCAUGCAGGUGGUGGACAUGCUGAAUGAGAUCUACAUUGUGUUCGAUACACUCAGCGAGAAACACAAUGUUUACAAGGUGGAGACCAUCAGAGAUGCUUACAUGGUGGUAGCAGGGGUGCCCAACAAGACCACCUUCCAUGCCCACCAUAUCUGUGACAUGGCCCUGGAUAUGCUGAGCUCCAUUGAUCAUCUCAAAGACCCCUCCACUGGAGACAAUAUCCAGAUACGUGUGGGGAUCCACUCCGGCAUGGUGGUGGCUGGGGUGGUGGGGCUUAAGAUGCCUCGCUACUGCCUGUUUGGGGACACGGUCAACACUGCUUCCCGCAUGGAAAGCAAUGGGGUGGGAAUGCAGAUCCACAUUAGCCAGACUACAAAGGAUCACCUGGAGCAUGAACCCUACAUCAUUGAGGAGAGAGGAAAGAUCUUUGUUAAGGGAAAGGGUUACAUGAAGACAUACUGGCUCAAGGGGAAGAAGGAUCUCUCAUUUAAAACCCCAGCAGAGCUGCGAUACAGCAGUGAGCAGAAAGAUUCAGAGGACAGGAGCUCCAAUAGCUCCAACUGUAACGAUGCCAAACGCUCCACCUCAAAUCUCAACAUACCAAAUGAGGAGCAGGCGGAGGGGAAGCCCACCCCACCUGACCUGCCACCCGAUACCCUCCCACCUUUGGAGGGUACAGCAGAGGCCCCCACUUCCUCCAUUGAGCCCCAAGAUAAAGAGAAGACCAAAAAGACUAAGAACAACAAAGGGGCGAAGCCUGAAUCCAGCUCAGGGAAUGCGGAGGAGAGGCCUCCUUCUCCUGGAGCCUCUGAGAAUGUAGGUCCAAAACUCUAUAACAAAAAGCACAACUAUAGGCACCAGUACACUCGGUUACCAACUACCCAUCCCAUGCACAGCACUACCUGCAUUGUUCUGUGA